AUGGCUACUAAAUACUUUGUUACAUUUAAAAAUGAAAGCACCCAACCUUCUGUUGUUCAAUUCUGUGUUUAUCAACAGUAUCCCGACCUUCCUGGCUUAAAAUCAGUUGCAUGGAAAAAAGCCGGUGCAUAUAUGGGCGGACAAGCAACUGUUGAGUGGGUUAUUACCUAUUCAGCUGUUCUUAGUAAUUAUAAUGAUGAAGGAGGUAUUGGUAUAUAUGCUAGCAGUCAAUCAAUUGGAGCGGAUUUUAAAGACCAAUUUGAUAUCACCGAUGAAAGUGGCAUUCAAGUUGUCAAGAAAUCAGGUACCUCAGGGCAAGAUGGUACCAUCACAAUUACCAACAAAUCUAAUGAAAUGGCUAACGUCGGUAUCGGAAUGGAUGAUUCAUUGUCUUCGGUCAUUCCUAAUGUUUAUGGAGGAGUUGAGGAGGUUUUCCAAAUCACUCCAACCUAUUUUGUUGCAGCAUAUGAGAAUUUGGAAAUAGGACAACUUAUUUCCGAUGUCGGAAUAAUUGGAAAGCCUCUAACAUUGCAAUUUCCAAGUGGAGUCACAAAAGCUACUGUAAGAUUGAUUCAAGAUGGCCAGAAAUUAAAUCUCAAGAUUGAGUAUUAA